AUGACCAUCUCCUCGGUGCAGACCCUCCCGGGUCGCUUCGAGAGCAAUGCGAUCGAGAAGAGAGCUGCGAAACCGCCGCCACAGAUCUAUGGCGUUGCCGACUUCCCCUUCAAGGGCUACACUCCUCCGCAGCCCGAGGGAUAUGAGCAGAGCCGCUCCCAUCCCGACACCAGCGCCAUCGUCAUCGACAAUGGCUCCAGUACCAUGAAGGCUGGGUGGUCCUUCGACCAGAACCCGCGCUUCGUCCUGCCUCCCACCAUGAGCCGCUACCGCGAUCGCAAACUCAACAAGCAGUGCAAUUUCAUUGGAUACGAUGCGUACGCCGAUGCGACCACCCGGGGCCAGCUCCGAUAUGCCUUUGACCCGGGCAGCAGCGUUGUUGGGAACUGGGAUGUGAUGGAGGGCGUGCUGGACUACCUCUUCCUCAAGCUCGGCGUGGACGGCGCCAACGGGGGGGUUGACCGGCCCAUUGUGAUGACAGAGCCGAUUGCGAAUCUGGCAUAUCCCAGGCGGAUGAUGAACGAAAUUAUGUUCGAGUGCUAUUCUGUGCCAUCCGUGGCCUACGGUAUUGACUCCCUCUUCGCCUACCGCUACAACAAGGGGACAGAUGGUUUGGUCGUGUCGUCCUCACACACCUCGACGCAUGUCAUUCCCGUCCUGAACUCGAAGCCACUUCUCUCGAACUGCUCGCGACUCAAUUGGGGUGGAAUGCACAAUGCCGAUUACCUGCAAAAGCUGAUCAAGCUCAAGUAUCCCACGUUCCCCGCACGCAUGGCGGAUCAUCAGAUGGAAGACCUAGUCCACAAACACUGCUAUGUUUCUCAGGACUACGACCGUGAGCUGAGUGGAUAUCUGGACUGGACCGGCUUGGAGGAUCGCGAUCAUGUCAUCCAGUACCCAUUUACGGAGCCCGUUGUAAUCGAGAAAACGGAAGAGGAGCUCGCCCGGAUUGCGGAGCGCAAGAAGGAGAGCGGCCGCCGCCUUCAAGAGCAAGCAGCCAAGAUGCGGCUCGAGAAGCUCGUGAAGAAGGAGCAAGAGCUUGAGUAUUGGAAAGACCUUCAGCGCAACCUUGCCUCUGAAACCAAGAAGGAAACCCGUCGGAUCUUGGAAGCGGAGGAUCUCAAAGACGAGGCUCAACUGGAGCGAAUGAUCAGGGAACUAGAGAAGUCGAUCAAACGCUCACGCAACAAGGAUCUGGGAAUCGAGGAGACAGAGGAGCAGCCGGAGGAAAUGACCUUCCCCUUGCUUGAUAUCCCCGACGAAGAACUCGAUGAGGCCGGAUUGAAAGAAAAGCGACACCAGCGGCUCAUGAAGUCCAACGUCGAUGCCCGGCAACGGGCCAAAGCAGAGAAGGAACGAGAGAAAGCCCGGCAGGAGGAAGAAGAACGUCUUGAUCGCGAGAAACGUGAGAAUGAUUUUGAGAGCUGGAUCUCGGAACGGAGAGCCAAUCGUGAGACUAUCAUGCAAAGGAUCAAAGAGCGAGAUCGCAUGAAGGCGGAUCUUGGCAACCGCAAAUCCCUGGCCAGCCAGAUGCGGAUGAAGACGCUCGCCAACCUCGCCUCGGAUGGCCCCAAGAAGCGCCGGCGUGGAGGUGAUGACGACGAUUUCGGCGCCAAUGACGAAGACUGGGGCGUGUACCGCACCGUGGCCAAGGAUGAGCAGAGCGACGAAGAGGAAGAGGAAGACCUCGGCGGCAUGCUCAAUAACGUCGAGCGGGAGCUUCUCGAGUACGACCCCGAGUUCACCGAGAACCAUACUCUAGCGGCACAGACCGACUGGACCAAGAGCCUGGUACAUGCUUUCCUGCGUGGACCCUGGCCCUUCGACGGGGAGAGCCACCGCGAGGCGCAUCAGCUCCACCUGAAUGUCGAACGGAUUCGCGUGCCGGAGGUGGUGUUCAAGCCAUCCAUCGCGGGAGUUGACCAGGCUGGUUUGAUCGAGAUCGCCGCCGAUAUUAUCAAUCAGCGCUUCUCCAGCACGGAGGACCGUUCCCGCCUGCUCAGAGAUGUGUUCCUGACGGGCGGUAACACCCUCUUCACCGGGUUUGAUGAACGCUUCCGCAACGAGGUGCGCGCGUACUUGCCGAUUGACAGCGAGUUGAGAGUGCGCAAGGCGUCGGAUCCCAUCCUGGAUGCGUGGAGAGGUGCUGCGCAAUGGGCCGCUGGCGUCGAUUUGGGUCAGUCGUCUGUUACGCGACAGGACUAUUUGGAAAAGGGCAGCGAGUAUAUUAAGGAGCACGAUUUGGGGAACGUUACGUGGUAA